CAUAUAAAGCAAACGCAAUAGAAGUUACGUGUUGAAGCCAGCCACAUACACACACCCUGCCUGCCUGCUCCUGCGCGAGGGGAAAGCCGAUUUUGAAAGAGGAACAUAAACCGAAUAUUACAGUUUCAAUUCUUAUUUACAAGAAAAUACGACAGUUAACAUGCAGGCGAUCAAAUGUGUCGUUGUCGGUGAUGGAGCUGUUGGUAAGACAUGUCUUCUCAUCAGUUACACCACGAAUGCUUUCCCUGGAGAAUACAUCCCAACUGUAUUUGAUAACUAUUCUGCCAAUGUGAUGGUUGAUGGUCGUCCAGUGAACUUAGGAUUAUGGGAUACUGCUGGUCAGGAAGAUUAUGACAGGCUGAGACCACUGUCAUACCCCCAAACAGAUGUAUUUCUCAUCUGCUUUUCACUGGUGAGCCCUGCAUCCUUUGACAAUGUGCGAGCCAAGUGGUAUCCAGAAGUUAGCCAUCAUUGUCCCAACACACCUAUCAUCUUGGUAGGAACCAAGUUGGAUCUUCGGGAAGAUAAAGAGACGGUUGAUAAGCUAGCCCAAAGGAACACCUCACCCAUCACAUACCCCAAGGGUCUACAGAUGAUGAAGGAGAUCAAUGGUGUCAAGUACUUGGAAUGCUCUGCUCUUACUCAAAAAGGCCUAAAGACAGUGUUUGAUGAAGCCAUCAGAGCGGUACUUUGUCCAGAUCAACAUAAGAAGAAGAAGAAGAACAAGGGUUGUGAUGUAUUUCUUAUCUGCUUUUCACUGGUGAGCCCUGCAUCUUGUGAAAAUGUGCGAGCCAAGUGGCAUCCAGAAGUUAGCCAUCAUUGUCCCAACACACCUAUCAUCUUGGUAGGAACCAAGUUGGAUCUUCGGGAAGAUAAAGAGACGGUUGAUAAGCUAGCCCAAAGGAAACUCAGACCCAUCACAUACGCCAUGGGUCUGCAGAUAAUGAAGGAGAUCAAUGGUGUCAAGUACUUGGAAUGCUCUGCUCUUACUCAAAAGGGCCUCAAGACAGUGUUUGAUGAAGCCAUCAGAGCGGUACUUUGUCCAGAUCAACAUAAGAAAAAGAAGAAGGGCAAGAGUUGUAAAUUAAUCUGAAGAUAUACAAGGUUGUCUAUAUACCUCAAUUUAAGUUCUUAUAUAAAUUAUAAUACAUCUGUCAUAACCGUAUACGCGUCAGGAAAUAUCACUUCACGUGAUAUAAUUAUUUUUCUACUUGAGAAAAAGUAUGUCAUUUUGAUCAAAGGGUUGUAACAGAAAUGUAUGGUGUAAAAAAAAUAUCAAGAGGUUGUAGGCCUACCUCCAUACAGCAAACUUUGUAGGCCUACUUAUGCAUAUUUUAUUUGUACUUCAUAUCUAAUUUUGGGGAUCCGUAUUUCUGUUCCAUAAUGUAACUUCAUUCUUCCAUUAUUCUUUCUUUGGUUUUUUAUGUUAUAUUACCCAGAUUUUGUAUUAUAGAAUUUGUAAGAAAAGCAAGUUACAGCUGAUUUGUUUGCCAUUUUUCUGUAUUUUACCAUGAUGAUCAAAAUUAAUACGAACUACCGGAAAGAAAGCUUCAUGCGUUAUACGUAAUGUUUGCACUUUUUGUAGAAAUAGUCAGCUGUUGAAUUUGUAUACCUUUUGAUAUUGGGGUUUGUGCGGCUAAACUUAUAUUACAUUGAAAGCAAAUGUUAGAUAUUCAUUAUCACCUGAGUAUAAUCUUGUUAAAAUAAUUUGAACAAUGUAUGAAAUGAUAAAAAUAUGUAAUCAUUAAUAAUGUAACUAUAAAGGGAAAUAAAAGGUAAAUAUGA